AUGAUUCCGCCUUGGCUGGAACAAUUGGAGAGUCUCGGAGUUCUAGACCUUUCAUGGAACAAGUUGAAUGGAAAGAUCCCGCUAUGGUUGGGCAAUCUGAAUAAUCUCUUCUUUGUCGAUCUGUCAAACAACUUAUUUAGUGGGGAGCUUCCUGAGAGCUUUACACAGAUAAAGAGUUUAAUUUCAAGUAAUAGUUCGAGUGAGCAUGCAUCAAUAGAGGACUUCCCGUUAUUAUUUAAGAAUAAUUCAGCUGACAAAGGUUUGCAGUACAAACAUGUCAGCAGCUUCCAGCCGUCGCUGAUACUCUCCAGUAACUUGCUUGUUGGGCCUGUGUUGUGUGGGCUUGGCCAUCUUGUGAAUCUUCAUGUACUGGACUUGAGCUGGAACAACUUCUCAGGGGGCAUUCCUGAUGAGUUGUCAAACAUGUCGAGCUUGGAAGCUCUAAAUUUGUCCCACAAUGAUCUCAGUGGGAGCAUACCAGCAUCUCUAACAAAGUUGUCAUUUCUGUCCAAGUUUGAUGUCUCUUACAACAACUUGGCUGGAGAUAUACCAGCAGGGGGGCAAUUUUCCACAUUUGCAAAUGAGGAUUUUGUGGGCAAUUCUGCACUCUGCCUUCUUCAGAAUGCCUCCUGCACUGAAGAGGCUCCAUUUGUGAAAACAGGAAAUGAGCAGCAUCGUGGUAUGGAUACUGCAAUGCCUGCGAUGACAUACAUGACCGUGGAAGUGGGAUUCGCUUUUGGGCUUUUAAUGGUCUGGAACGCACUGUUCUUCAUAAGGGCUUGGAGGGUUGCAUAUUUUCAGAUGAUUGAUAGGUUCUUUGAUAUGAUUUAUGUCAUGAUAAUGGUGAAGGUGAACAAGCUCAGAAGAAAAUGGGAGUACAAAGUUCAUCCUUAA